AUGGCUCCAGUCGUCGGCAAGGAAAACUUAGUCAAUGAUUUCAACAAUGUACGCAUUAAGUCGCCGGUUAAAAAUAGUGUUUUAACUACUCGCAACGAAAAUAUACAUGAACCUACUAUGGAUGUGGAAAAUGAUAACAAUCAGGUGGUAGAAUUCGAUCCACAGUUAGAACCUCUUCUACGGGACAACCCACGACGCUUCGUAAUAUUCCCUAUUGAGUACCCUGACAUCUGGGAUAUGUACAAGAAAGCCGAGGCUUCGUUUUGGACAGUUGAAGAAGUGGAUUUGUCUAAGGACUUAAUGGAUUGGGAGACCCUCAAAGACAGUGAGAAGCACUUCAUCAAGCAUGUACUAGCUUUCUUUGCUGCGUCUGAUGGCAUAGUCAACGAGAACUUAGUAGAGAGAUUCUCACAGGAAGUGCAGGUGACAGAGGCAAGGUGUUUCUACGGAUUUCAAAUAGCCAUUGAAAAUGUACACUCUGAAAUGUAUUCCAUGCUUAUUGAUACUUAUGUCAGAGAUCCACAGGAGAGGGAUUUCCUCUUUAAUGCAGUUGAGACACUACCAUGCGUAAAGAAGAAGGCUGACUGGGCAUUAGAGUGGAUCGCAAGUAAGACAGCCACAUUCGGAGAACGCAUUAUUGCAUUUGCUGCUGUUGAAGGUAUAUUCUUCUCGGGCAGUUUUGCUUCAAUAUUCUGGCUGAAGAAGCGAGGGUUGAUGCCUGGAUUGACAUUCAGCAAUGAGCUUAUAUCUAGGGAUGAGGGUUUACACUGUGACUUUGCAUGCCUGAUGUUCAAGCACCUGGUUCAGAAGCCCUCUAAAGCUCGCGUUCUUCAAAUUAUCAAAGAUGCUGUAGUCAUUGAGCAGGAGUUUCUUACAGACGCCCUACCCGUGCGACUACUGGGUAUGAACUGUGAUCUAAUGUCGCAAUACAUUGAGUUUGUUGCAGACAGACUGCUGCUUGAACUCAUCGGCGAAAGGCACUACAAUACGAAGAACCCAUUCGACUUUAUGAAUCUUAUCUCUUUGGAAGGCAAAACAAACUUCUUUGAAAAGAAAGUUGCUGAGUACCAGAAGUGUGGAGUGAUGGCCAAUCAAAUGGACAAUGUUUUCACAUUAGAUGCAGAGUUCUAA